CUCAUACUACUGAGUGGUGGAAGAUCUGGAGAUGACAUAAGAACUCCGGUCAGAAUGCUGAAAGAGACUGGUGUCAUUUCAAUUGCCAUUGGAACAACUGACGCUGACACCCUAGAGAUGCAGACAAUAUCUCAUGAACCCAAUUAUGCGAUCUCUGUUACGGAUUAUGAGGAGCUUCAUACUGCUAAGCAGGAUGUGUUGUCAUUGUUAAGAGAUGCUUCGCACCAUGUAGAGCAAACCACUCCCAGCAAUGUUUUUGAUUCUGAGAAACAUGAUAUAGCAUUUCUUAUUGAUGGAUCAUAUGACUCACGCAAUGGUUUUGAAGAGAUACGAGGCUUUGUUGAAAAAAUGGUUGAAAGUUUAAAUCUGGAUGAGAACAGAGACCGAGUGGCUGUUGUUCAAUACAGCCGUGAUGCCACAGUCAAUUUUUACUUGAAUUCCUACUCAUCCAAGAACGAUGUGCUCAAUUCCAUAAGAAAAAUAAGGCAUAAGUUGGGGAGACCCCUCAACAUUGGCAAAGCACUGGAGUUUGUCAGAGACAAUGUCUUUGCUUCUUCAGUUGGAGGCAGACGUGCAGAAUCAGUCCCUCAAUAUCUGUAUGUAUUUAGUGGUGGAAGAUCAGGGGAUGAUGUCAGAGGACCAGCACAGUCUCUCAAAGGAAAUGGGAUAAAGACUUUUACUAUUGGAACAAAGAAUGCUGAUACAUUGGAAAUGCAAACAAUCGCUUUCACGCCAGCACAUAAUUUUCAUGUUACAAGCUUUCACAAUCUGCAAAGCAUCCAUCCAUCUGUAAAAGCUACAUUGAGUGGUGCUCCAGAAACAACUGACAUUCCUGACACUUCCACAAUUCCAGAAUUAGAACUCCAGAGUGCCGAUGUUGUUUUUCUCCUCGAUGGUUCUGAUAAUAUGCAAGCAAGUGAAAGACAAAUUUUGGAUUUUGUCAAAGAGCUUGUCAUGCAACUAGAAAUUGGGCCAAACAAAGUACAAAUUGCUUUGAUUCAGUACAGCACAGAGCCCACUACUGAUUUUCUCCUUAACACUCACUCACUAAAAGACGAUGUCUUGAGUCAUUUGAACAAUGUGACACUGAAAGGAGGGUUCACUGUGAACACAGGCGUAGCCCUUGAUUAUGUGAUGAACAAUGUGUUUACUGCUUCAUCUGGAGGCAGAGCCCAGAAGGGAGUCCCACAGAUACUGAUUCUCUUAAGUGGGAGAAAGUCAGAAGAUGACGUCUUAGGUCCAGUGGACAGACUGAGAAAUGCUGGAAUUGUCAUUUUCAGUGUUGGAGUGAAUGAUGCGGAUAGGCUGGCGAUGGAGGAAUUAGCACACAGUUCUAGGGUGCAGUAUUUUAUCAAGGAUAUUUCUGACUUUCUUCUUGUAAGACAACAGUUGCUCUCAGACAUUGUUUCUCACAAAGGCACUCUCAGCCCUGGUGUAGGUGAGUAA